CUCUCUCUCUCUCUCUCCCUCUCUCUCUUGUCACAGAGCCAUUUCACACUGCUGGCUCCACUCCUGUGCUCAGAAGAACUUCCUCGUUGCUUGCUGCAACAAGACGAGCACAGGAGUCGCAAGCCGGAUAAUCAGCUCUGUGAACGGGAGGAGGAGGUGGGGGGACACGGGCAGCCUCUUCGUCUUCAGGGUAACCCUCUGGAGGACGCUGCUGUGACAGCUUUAUGGCGAGCCGCGUUGCCCUGUUUGUAAUUUGCACACAACACAGGGGAGGGGGACAGUUUGCUUUGAUCUCGCCGGCCUUGGUCUGUGACAGCGUCGGGGGCAGAUGUUUUUUUCAGUGGCACACCGGCGCUGCAUUGGAUUUUUGCACGGUUCCUCUUUUUUUUUUUUUUGUUUUUUCUUCUUCUUCUAAAAAGUGUUUGUGGCGUAUAUUUAAAUCCCACGCACACGACGUGCAAGACACAUUGACGGCUGCUUGCUUUCUUGGCGCAGGUGUUGACAUGCAGGAGUCAAGGUGGACGCCAACUUCGGCGGUUUCAAAAAAACUCAACAACUGUUUUUAAAAAAAAUGCUGACAUUUUCAGCGGUUUUAUUAUUAUUAUUAUUAUUAUUAUUUGCCAUUAACUAAUUUCAUCAACACGAGCGCGUGAGAAACAUUACGGUGUGAGAGAGGGAAAAGUUUUAAAUUUUUUUUUUUUUUUUUUUUUUUUUUUUUUUUUUUUAAAAAAAAGAAAAUUAACGUUCCUGAAAAAAAAAAAAAAAAUAAAAUAAAAAAGUAAACCGGGUAACAGUAACAGCAAAAACGAUAUUACAAAUAAAAACACAAUGACGUCGGUUUGGAAAAGGCUCCAGCGGGUCGGGAAGCGGGCAUCAAAGUUUCAGUUCGUGGCUUCCUACCAGGAGCUCGUCGUGGAGUGUACGAAAAAGUGGCAGCCAGACAAGCUGAUUGUGGUGUGGACUCGCAGAAACAGACGCAUCUGUUCCAAGCCUCACGGAUGGCAGCCGGGCAUUAAGAACCCAUAUCGGGGCAUGGUUGUGUGGCCAGUGCCAGAGAACGUGGACAUCACUGUCACGCUGUACAAGGACGCACAUACAGAUGAGUUUGAAGACAAGGACUGGACCUUCGUCAUUGAAAACGAGUCGAAGGGACACCGCAAGGUCCUGGCCUCGGUGGAUGUGAACAUGCGGAAGUACGCCAGCGCCAUGCCCACCCAGACUGACCUCACGCUCAGACUCAAGCCGCUGUCGGUCAAGGUGGUGGAGGCCACGCUGAAGCUGUCCCUGUCCUGCGUCUUCCUGAGGGAGGGCAAAGCCACGGAUGAAGACAUGCAGAGUCUGGCCAGCCUGAUGAGCGUGAAGCCAACGGACAUCGGCAACCUGGACGACUUCGCGGACAGUGACGAGGAAGAGGAGAGGAGGGCCUCCGGAGCCACAGCUCACCCCCCUGUCUUCUCUUCGUUGUUCAAGGAGAGAAGGCUCUACACGGCUACCUGCCUCCCCCCUCCUCAGAGCACUGCUGCUAUCGCCUCUGUGCGUGUGGCCCCUGGGCAUGUGGUGCCUUGCCGUGUGGCCCCUGUGCGUGUAGCCCCUGUGCGUGUAGCCCCUGGGCAUCUGACCCCUUGCCGUGUGGCCCCUGUGGCCCCUGUGCCAGAGGGCCCUGUGCGUGAAGCUCCUGUCCCCGUCAUUGCUUCAGGGUUCAAGGAGAGGAGCCCCCCUCCCAGCGCUGCAGUGCCAGCCCCUGUGCUUGCUUCAGAGCCCCCUCGCCCCUGUGAGUUCACCCCUCUCUCAGUCCCGGGCCCUGUGCCUGUGGCCCCUUGCCGUGUGUCCCGUAUGCGUGAGGCCCCUGUGCGUGAAGCCCCUGUCCCUGGCGUUGCUUCAGGGUUCAAGGAGAGGAGCCCCCCUCCCAGCGCUGCAGUGCCAGCCCCUGUGCUUGCUUCAGAGCCCCCUCGCCCCCCUGAGUUCACCCCUCUCUCAGUCCCUGGCCCUGUGCCUGUGGCCCCUUGCCGUGUGUCCCGUAUGCGUGAGGCCCCUGUGCCUGAGGGCCCUGUGCGUGAGGCCCCUGUCCCUGGCAUUGCUUCAGGGUUCAAGGAGAGGAGCCCCCCUCCCAGCGCUGCAGUGCCAGCCCCUGUGCUUGCUUCAGAGCCCCCUCGCCCCUCUGAGUUUACCCCUCUCUCAGUCCCAGGCCCUGUGCCUGUGGCCCCUGUGCCUGUGAUCCCUGCGCCUGUGGCACGUGCGCCUGUGGUCCAUGUGCCUGUGGCCCCUGCGCCUGUGGUCCAUGUGUCUGUGGCCCCUGCGCCUGUGGCCCCUGUACCUGUAGCCCGUGUACCUGUGGUCCCUGCGGCUGAGGUCCCGGCUCCUGUGGCCCCUGUGCCUGAGGGCCCUGUGCGUGAAGCCCCUGUCCCUGUCAUUGCUUCAGGGUUCAAGGAGAGGAGCCCCCCUCCUAGCGCUGCAGUGCCGCCUCACCCCUCUGAGUUCACCCCUGUCUCAGAGACCCAGAGACAGCUGAGCACCCUGCAAGAAGAGGAGGACGAUCCCAGAGACACCGCCUUCAGCUUUCCAAAGAUUAAGGCCCAGCAAUCCGACGGCAGGCUACCAGAAAACCAACUGAAGCCAACAUCGAAAUCAGCUGCAAACGCUGAGCAAAGUAGCAGAGCCGCAGAGGGUCAACCCAAAGCUCUGAGCACUGGCAUGCCAGAGGACUUCCUGAGGACAACCAGGGCUGCAAACACCGUGAGCAUCUCCAAGCAGAGCACCAUCCAGCCUGGAGGAGAACCAGGUCUCACCCCAGAGGACAGAGCAGCAACAGGCAGAGCAGCCAGACAGACGACCGCCGCUAAAGAAAACCAAGAAGCCACUCCCCCACUGCCACUUCUCGUGAAGCCUGGAGAUGCCACACCCAAGGUGGAGGCCCCUGCUGCUGCUGCUGCUGCUUCCUCGGGCCCUGCUAAGGAGCCCCAAGCCCAGGCAGGGGUGGUCAAGAACCCGUUUGAAGAUGAUAUGGAAGAAACCAUGCCAUUGGCCGGCCCCACUGCUACACCGAAGAACGGUGCCAAUCAAAAGGAGAGCCUGCAGUCUGGAUCGGGAUUGGUGGUUCUGAAGAAGGAGGCGGGGCCCACGCACAAAGUGGAGGCUGUGACAGAGAAAGGGGGCAGGAGCACGGAGAGUUCAACCAACACUGUGCAGCCGUCUAGACCAGAAGCAGCCAUUGCCCCUGCUGACCCAUCCACACAGCUGCCCAGAUUACCAGGAGCCCUAAUCUCAGGGAGUGCGACCCGGUCUGCACCUCCAGCCAAACCAGAGGACAGAGCAACGACAGACAAAGCAGACAGACAGGCGACCGCCGCUAAAGAAAGCCAAGAGGCCACCCCUCCACUGCCACUUCCCGUGACACAUGGAGACGCCACACCCAAGGUGGAGGCCCCUGCUGCUGCUGCUGCUAAGGAGCCCCAAGCCCAGGCAGGGGUGGUCAAGAAGCUCUUGGUGGAGAAGAAAGAACCCAUGCCAUUGGCCACACCCACUGCCACACCUGAGAAGGGAGCCAAUCAAAAGGAGAGCCUCCAGUCAGGAAGGGGAUUGGAGGAUCUGAAGAAGGGGGAGGGAACAGCAGUGAAGGAGGAGGAGAGGCCUGCAGAGGGGGGGCCCAUGCGCAAAGUGGAGGCUGCGGCAGGGAAAGGGGACAGGGGCACGGAGAGUUUAGCCAACACUGUGCAGCCGUCUAGACCAGAAGCAGCCACUGCCCCUGCUGACCCGUCCACACAGCUGCCCAGAUUAGAGGGAGCCCAAAUCUCAGGGAGUGCGACCCGGUCUGCACCUCCAGCCAAACCAGAGGACAGAGCAGCGACAGACAAAGCAGGCAGACAGGUGACCGCCGCUAAAGAAAGCCAAGAAACCACUCCCCCACUGCCACUUCUCGUGAAGCCUGGAGAUGCCACACCCAAGGUGGAGGCCCCUGCUGCUGCUGCUUCCUUGGGCCCUGCUAAGGAGCCCCAAGCCCAGGCAGGGGUGGUCAAGAAGCUCUUGGUGGAGAUGAAAGAACCCAUGCCAUUGGCCGCCCCCACUGCCACACCUGAGAAGGGGGCCAAUCAAAAGGAGAGCCUCCAGUCAGGGAGGGGAUUGGAGGAUCUGAAGAAGGGGGAGAGACCUCCAGCGGUGAAGGAAGAGGAGAGGCAUGCAGAGGAGGGGCCCACGCACAAAGUGGAGGCUGUGGCAGGGAAAGGGAACAGGGGCACGGAGAGUUUAGCCAACACUGUGCAGCCAUCUAGACCAGAAGCAGCCACUGCCCCUGCUGACCCAUCCACACAGCUGCCCAGAUUACCGGGAGCCCAAAUCUCAGGGAGUGCGGCCAGGUCUGUACCUCCAGCCAAACCAGAGGACAGAGCAGCGACAGACAAAGCAGGCAGACAGGCGACCGCCGCUAAAGAAAGCCAAGAAACCACUCCCCCACUGCCACUUCUCGUGAAGCCUGGAGAUGCCACACCCAAGGUGGAGGCCCCUGCUGCUGCUGCUGCUAAGGAGCCCCAAGCCCAGGCAGGGGUGGUCAAGAAGCUCUUGGUGGAGAAGAAAGAACCCAUGCCAUUGGCCACACCCACUGCCACACCUGAGAAGGGAGCCAAUCAAAAGGAGAGCCUCCAGUCAGGAAGGGGAUUGGAGGAUCUGAAGAAGGGGGAGGGAACUCCAGCAGUGAAGGAGGAGGAGAGGCCUGCAGAGGGGGGGCCCAUGCGCAAAGUGGAGGCUGCGGCAGGGAAAGGGGACAGGGGCACGGAGAGUUUAGCCAACACUGUGCAGCCAUCUAGACCAGAAGCAGCCACUGCCCCUGCUGACCCGUCCACACAGCUGUCCAGAUUACCAGGAGCCCUAAUCUCAGGGAGUGCGGCCAGGUCUGCACCUCCAGCCAAACCAGAGGACAGAGCAGCGACAGACAAAGCAGGCAGACAGGCGACCGCCGCUAAAGAAAGCCAAGAAACCACCCCCCCACUGCCACUUCUCGUGAAGCCUGGAGAUGCCACACCCAAGAUGGAGGCCCCUGCUGCUGCUGCUGCUUCCUGGGGCCCUGCUAAGGAGCCCCAAGCCCAGGCAGGGGUGUACAAAAAGCCUUUGGUCGAGAAGAAAGAACCCAUGCCAUUGGCUGCCCCCACUGCCACACCUGAGAAGGGGGCCAGUCAAAAGCAGGAGAGCCUCCAGUCAAGAAGAGGAUUGGAGGUUCUAAAGAAGGAGGAGGGGCCUCCAGCAGGGAAGGAGGUGGAGAGGCCUGCAGAGGAGAGGCCCAUGCGCAAAGUGGAGGCUGUGGCAGGGAGAGGGGACAGGGGUUCCAUUCCACUGCAGAAGGGGGUGCUGAAGCCCAAAGAGGAUCUUCCAGUCCCAGCCCCUCGUCUGAAGAAGAGACUGAGCUUCACCCAAUCAGAGGACAGCACCCCGCCCCGCUCUGCCGAGUCAUCCUGCACAGGGAGCCCCGAGACCAAGCGAGCCCACAGCAACGGAGUCCCCGCACCAGCCAAUCAGAGCCUGGCACAGCCCCCCGCAGCCAAUCCCCUCGUAGCACCCAAGCGCACCAAGAAGAAGGGCCCUCCCCCUCCGGUGUCGAUCGCAGAGACCCCAGAGAGAGGGGAGCAGAGUGAGAGGAGCGAGGCAGCAGCAGCGCACCCGGGUCCUCUCCCCAGUCCAGGGCUGGUUAGUUCGAGCCAGUCUCUUCUGGAAUGGUGCCAGGAGGUUACCAAGGGUUACCGUGCUGUACGCAUCACCAACUACACCACAUCGUGGCGCACCGGCAUGGGCUUCUGUGCCAUACUGCACCACUUCCACCCAGAAAAGAUAGACUAUGAUGCGUUAGACCCUCAGGACAUCAAAAACAACAACAGGAAGGCCUUCAACGGCUUUGAAAGCCUGGGGAUUUCCCGACUCCUGGAGCCCGCCGACAUGGUCCUUCUGUCGGUGCCGGACAAGCUGAUAGUCAUGACCUACCUGUGCCAGAUCCGUGCCCACUUCACGGGCCAGGAGCUCAAUGUGAUUCAGAUCGAACACAACAGCAGCCAGAGCACUUACAAGGUGGGCAGCUUCGACACAGACGCCCACUGCUCCAUCGAGCCAGCCCAGUUCUACGCCGACCGCAUCCAGGCUUCGGGGCUCAAAGCCCGGCCCGAAGAGCCCAAGACCUUCCAGGGGGCCGUGGACAAGGAGAGGGAUCUUAACAAGUGCUGCACCCAGGAGGAGAAUGAGAGUCCUGGGGGAGUGCUGGACUCCACUGGCAAGGAUUCUCAACCGGCCUCUAACGGGACCGAGGUGAAGCCGGGGGACUUGGUGCCUCCGCCCCGGUCCAAACGGACUCUACUGAAGGUGGAGGGGUUGGAGGAGAGAGUGGAGGGGGAGAGGGAGAGGCUGGGGAGUCAGGGAGGCCCCGUGGCGCCGCUACGCACGCACACUGCCGCCAAGGGCUUCUCCCACGUGAGGGAUGCGGACCUGGUGAAGAAGCGGCGGUCUCGUCUGAAGAGCGACUCGCAGUCCAUGGACGAGUGUGAUUCCUCGGAAUCCAGCCCACAGGGGAGAACUGAGACCCCCCUUUCUGAAGCUGGAUCAGCCUCACCUAUGAGACGGCAGAGUCAGGAGACGGAGGGAGAAGGGAAGGCUCCUAAACCAGCUGCAGCAGAGCAGAGGAGAGACAUCGUUGAGGAACACAAGCAGGCAGACGAGGAGAACCUGAAGCUCAAAGACACCAGUCAGUACGUGCUGAGUGAACUGCAAGCACUGGAGAAUGAACAGAAACACAUUGACAGCAGAGCCAGCGUGGUAGAGAGGAAACUGAGAGAGAUCAUGGGCUCAGGUACGAACAGGCUGGAGGAAGAGGAUCUGAUCCAGGAGUGGUUCAUUCUGGUGAACAAGAAAAACGCUCUGAUCAGGAGGCAGGACCACCUGCAGCUGCUUGUGGAAGAGCAGGACCUGGAGCGCAGGUUUGACCUGCUGAACCGGGAGCUGCGAGCAAUGAUGGGAAUCGAAGACUGGAUGAAGACGGGGGCCCAGCAGCACAGAGAGCAGCUGCUGCUGCAGGAGCUCAUCUCCCUGGUGAACAAGCGUGACGAGCUGGUGCAAGACAUGGACGCCCGCGAGAGAGGGGCUCUGGAGGAAGACGAACGGCUGGAGAGAGGAUUGGAGCAGAGGAGGAGGAAGUACAGCCGGAGAGAGAAGUGUGUGAUCCAGUGAGAGGGGAGAGGACUGGGUCAGUUCAGAACCAGGGCUUCUCAACACCGCCCUGGAGGACCGCACACCCCCCCUCUGUGUGUGCGUGCGUGUGCGUGCGUGCGUGCGUGUGUGUGUUCACAAGAAGUGCCUUGACUAUGAACUUUGUUUUUAGGUUUUUUCUUUUAAAUAUUGUGUUUGUAACCCUGAAACACGGCUGUAUGAGACAGA